AUGACGCUACACUCGUUUGCCAAUAUCCAGGUGAAAACCAAAACGGCCCGAGCAAAAAACACCAGCACACCGGAACAGUUCGCUAAGUAUCAACGACUACGGUGGCUGGUGGUGGAUGAAUCUUCGACGGUCGGGCUCGAAAUAUUGGCCACUCUUGAGAAACGCCUGCAGCAGUCUACCAGAGAUCGGGAUACGUGGAAACUUCGGCCAGGAGGAGAACGGAGGCCAUUCGGAGGGCGCACCCUCAUCUUGCCCGGGGACUUGUGGCAGUUCCCGCCAGUCAAAGCCACAGCCAUUUACCAGAACCCUUUCCAGUCAAACACAACCUUCCAAGUCAACGCACUGCAGCAAAUCUGUUGGUCGCACACCUGGCUUGCCAUCCCGCACCUGUUUGAGCUCACCCGCGAACAGCGGUGCGAGGACGCCUGGCUCAGCCAAAUUCUUCACCAGGCGAGACAUGGAAACAUGUCGCAGGAAGUGUGGUCUUUCUUACACGGGUUUCCAACACUCCAUGCGGGCUCGUGGUCCUUUCAAAACAAUGAAGCCAGCUGCGGCCAAAAAACUUGCAACAACCUACAUCUUCAACCCACUGCCCCCAACCAGUUGGAAUGUGUAAUUUGCCACCAAGAAAGGGCACGUCGAUGCAUCGUAGGCAAAGACCCAAAAGCCGAGCACUUCCUUAACCAUCCGUUUGUGCAUGGGCUGAAUGCCGCCAAGUACAUUGCAGCCAACCUUCGUGCCAAAUGGGUCGCCAGCACUCGCAAGCACAAGUUGCUUUGGAUAAUUGCUCAAGAUACCCCGCUUUUUCAUGUGGAGGCGACGGAAUUACAAGCCCGGCGCGAAAAUUGGUUACAGCGCCAUGACCAGUCCACCGGCGGUGUCGUCGGAAUCUUGCCCCUUCUCCACAACAUGCCAAUCCGAGUCACGCAAACCCUGUCCGAUCUGAAAGCUUUCGGGCUCUUCAAAAACACCCGGGGCAUCCUUUGGAAUUGGACACUGCACGAUGUCGACAAAGACGCCGUCGAAACAGCAGAAGGCCGAGACAUCGUGCUACAACGCCUUCCGCUGGCAUUGUAUGUCAGAGUGGCCGGGGCAAACUGGCAACAACAUCCAGACCUGCCGGUUGGCGUCGCUCGGAUUGAACCCGUCACCCAGACGUGGACGCUGGAAACGAACGGCAAAACUACCGUCUCUCGACGUGGCUUUCCAAUAGCCUCCGAUUACGCUGGCACGGCGCAUUCGUUUAUGGGGGCCACCCUCGGUGCAUGCACAUUGGACCUUGGCACGUGGGAUGCCACGACCUCCCGCGAGGCCAAAAUUCGAUUUGAGAAAGACAAGCCGAACAAGCAAAGGAAUCGUGACAUCAUGUUGUUUUGCCGCGGUUGCAGCCCACAACCGCAUCUACAAGAGAAACUGUUGCCACUUCGAGAAUUCGUUUCGGCCUGGGACCAAGAGGAAUGGUACCGUGUACUGUCAGAAGGCAUGUGUCGCUUAUGCACCCAGUGUCAAACGAAGCAGAGCAGCCCUGCAGCCAAGAGGAAGCCUAAGGAAGUGGGUUCCUGCGCAUAUUGCCAGACGUUGCCAGCCGACCAGACCGGCUACUGUUCGAAAUGCGUUGUGGGCAACCACGCCCUCAAAAGUCAUCCCACCAUGCCAAACAGAAACCGCAUUGGCUUUGUAAGAGCUGUAAUGCAGCGCCCAAAUGUGGCAACUGUGCCGGCCCUUUGCCGAGCCACGCAGAGGCAGGCACAUGGUGUGCCACAUGUGCAUAUCCACCGUGCAGUGGAGGUUGCGGCGAGCCUCGCCCCCAAAGACCAGCCAACCAUGCAAAACACCUGCCGAAAUGGUUUUGUCAACAUUGCAAUGCAGCGAAACACUGUGCCAACUGUGCCGGCCCUUUACCGAGCAAUGCAGAGGCAGGCACAUGGUGUGCCACAUGUGCAUAUCCACCGUGCAGUGGAGGUUGCGGCGAGCCCCGCCCACAUGAAAGAAGAUACCACGCCCAGCACAAGCCGCUUUGGUUGUGUCAAGCAUGCAGUGGACGCAAUGGUUACCCGCCGUGUCCAAUGUGCGGUCUGCAACGCCAGUCGGUACCAUGUCAAUGUCAUGCCGCACUGGACCUGCGAAGCCUGCACGGUAAAGUCUUGUCCCAAGUGCGGGGAAGUUCUUGGUGCAAAAGCUCAAACGGAUGCAUUGUGUUUAGCGUGUGCAUAUCCACCAUGUGAGAGCUGUGGGUCGCAACGCCCGCAAGAAAGUCGUUACCGUGUCAACGUCAUGCCGCAGUGGACCUGCGAAGCCUGCUCAGUCAAGUCUUGUCCCAAGUGCGGGCAAAUCCUUGGUCCAAAAGCUCAAGAUGGUGCAUGGUGUUUAGCCUGUGCAUAUCCGCCCUGUGAGAGUUGCGGUCGCCCACGGCCAAGGACGCACAGUGAAUACCAUGCGCAGGUCAUGCCAACAUGGACGUGCGAGGCGUGCGGCGGGAACAGCCAUACUGACGGUCCCAAAGAAAAGGCUUCGCAGAGGUUAGUCGCCCAUGCAUCCGACGCCAGCCAACGGCAUAUGACAUUUUUCCAUAGCCCAACAUGA